AUGAUUGGCACCCUCCAUUUGCACGGGGUCUCGUGGAUCGGGAAGUCAAGGGUCGGCAAGAGCAACGACUCUAGGACUUUGGCCUGGACGCGCUCGGCGCGCAGCAUCCAGAAGAAGGAGUCCGCCGACGACAUCGCCUCCCUCACAGUCAGGCAUAUGUCAUUCUUCAAGGGAGAGCCGACGACGGACGUCCUUCCUGGGAUGUCCGACGACGGCCUCCUGCAGAAGGUAACGGCUGACGUUCUCAAGGCUUUCCGCAAGCCCAAGGAGGAGGACGCUCUGCUAUGGGCUCGGUUGGGCGGCUGCGAUUUCGAGCCAGGGUCGCGCAGGCAAGCCGCUGCUAACCCUUACGACCGCGACGCGGCGAGGGCGGCGCUGGAUGCCGCGACGCGCAACAAGUACGACUUGGACCGCUUCAAGAAGAUCGUCGCCCCGUCGCUCGAGGAGGUGAAGACCGAGGAGGACUUCAAUGCCAUCCCCGCCAGGUCGCACUUCGUCGUGGUCACGGACCUCGGGGUGCACCGGCGCGUGGCGUCCGCAGAUCUGGAGGACGGCGCCGAGUUCAUGCCGCGGCCCAACCCCAGAGCCCCCGACCUCUUCGCCAGCGAGGUGCGGGACACGUCGUCGCCCGCUGCCCGCCCGCCCCCUUCAGACAACGCCGACAAGAUGGAAUUGUCCACCGGCUGCAUGAGCAGUCCCGCGGAGGGCCGUGACGUGCCCACGGUUGCGACGGUCCGCGUUGCCCUGAUGUUUGGUGAUGACCCUGGACGCACGGCCUCCGUUGUCGGCAGCAUUUCGGGGUUCGUCGAGCCAGGCGCGGCGGCAAGCGCAUCGUCCGCCCCCGCGGCCGCUUCGGCGUCUCGUUCCGAUGGCGCGGCAGACGCACCAGCCGCGGCCGCUUCGGCGUCUCGCCCCGACAACGCGGCAGACGCACCAUACCUCGUAGAGCUCUCGGCAUCGAUGAGCCAGAGGAAUCCCGGCGCGGGGCGCAGCUAG